UACUAUUCACCGCCACAUCCUUUCUCUUUUUUAUUUUGCCGCCUCGCCCUCUCAAACGAAAAUCUCCAAUAUUCAGAAAUGGUGGUUGCCACCGCCACCGCCACCAGUUUCCGUAAUUGUAAGCUUGAUUCUUCUUCUUUAUCAUCCAAAUCUCUCAUUUCCGGGUUUACUCUCCCCUCUUCCCACAUUCCCCACAAACCCAUUCGCACUCUCCACAUCUCCAACUCCCUCCCUCGCCCAAAAUCAACCGCCACAACAACGAACUCAGCUGCCCCAGCCACCACAACUCCUCAAAUACCCAAACUACCCUCCAAGCAGCAGCAGCGACAAGAAGCAGAAAAACAGUCCUUCGUUUCCAGAUUCGCUCCUGACGAGCCUCGCAAAGGCGCCGACGUUCUCGUCGAAGCCCUCGAGCGCCAAGGGGUGAGUGACGUUUUCGUCUACCCCGGCGCCGCGUCGAUGGAGAUCCACCAGGCCCUCACGCGCUCCAAUUCAAUCCGCAACGUCCUCCCACGCCACGAGCAAGGUGGAGUCUUCGCCGCCGAGGGCUACGCGCGCUCCUUGGGCCUCCCCGGCGUCUGUAUUGCCACCUCCGGCCCCGGCGGCACCAACCUCGUGAGUGGCAUCGCCGACGCGCUCCGUGAUAGCGUCCCCAUUGUCGCGAUCACCGGCCAGGUCCCCCGCCAAAUGAUUGGCACAGACGCAUUUCAAGAAACCCCCAUCGUGGAGGUCACGCGCUCCAUCACCAAGCACAAUUACCUCGUACUCGAUGUGGAGGACAUUCCUCGGAUUGUCGAAGAAGCUUUGUUCUUGGCCACUUCGGGUCGACCCGGCCCGGUUCUUAUUGAUGUCCCGAAAGGUAUUCAGCAGCAGCUUGUCGUGCCCAAUUGGGACCAACCCAUUGGAUUAGCAUGCUAUAAUUCUCGGCUACCAAAGCCUCCGAGCCAAACCCAGUUGGAACAAAUCGUAAGGUUGAUCUCCGAGUCGAAAAAACCAGUCUUGUAUGCCGGUGGUGGGUGUUUGAAUUCGAGCCCUGAGUUAACCCGGUUUGUUGAGUUGACUGGGAUCCCAGUGGCGAGUACUUUGAUGGGCCUCGGCGCGUUUCCUUUAUCGGACGACCUGUCGCUUCAAAUGCUUGGAAUGCAUGGUACGGUUUAUGCGAAUUAUGCUGUUGAUAAGUCUGAUUUGUUGCUUGCAUUUGGGGUCAGGUUUGAUGACCGUGUUACUGGAAAGAUUGAGGCUUUUGCGAGUAGGGCGAAGAUUGUUCAUAUUGAUAUUGAUUCAGCUGAGAUUGGGAAGAAUAAGCAGCCUCAUGUUUCGGUGUGUGCCGAUGUGAAAUUGGCAUUGGAGGGGAUGAAUAACUUGUUAGAAGCGAAAUCUAACAAGGUUAAGAUUGAUUUCUCAGCUUGGAGGGAUGAGUUGAAGGCAGUAAAGGAGAAGAAUCCUCUGGGUUUCAAGACUUUUGAUAAGUUGAUUCCGCCACAGUAUGCCAUUCAAGUGCUCGACGAAUUGACUGAUGGAAAUGCAAUUAUAAGUACUGGUGUUGGGCAGCAUCAAAUGUGGGCUGCUCAGUUUUAUAAGUAUAAGAGGCCGCGCCAGUGGUUGACUUCCGGGGGUUUAGGUGCGAUGGGGUUUGGAUUGCCUGCUGCUGUUGGAGCUGCCGUGGCUAAUCCUGAUGCAGUUGUUGUGGACAUUGAUGGUGAUGGGAGUUUUAUGAUGAAUGUGCAGGAGUUGGCGACGAUUCGGGUGGAGAAUCUUCCUGUGAAGAUCAUGUUGUUGAAUAAUCAGCAUUUGGGUAUGGUGGUGCAGUGGGAGGAUAGGUUUUAUAACGCUAAUAGGGCUCAUGCUUAUCUUGGUGACCCUUCUAAAGAGAGUGAGAUUUACCCUAAUAUGUUGAAGUUUGCUGAGGCUUGUGAUAUACCUGCAGCUCGUGUGACAAGGAAGGAUGACGUAAGAGGUGCAAUUCAGAAGAUGUUGGAUACUCCUGGCCCGUACUUGUUAGAUGUGAUUGUACCACAUCAAGAACAGGUGCUUCCUAUGAUUCCAAGUGGUGGGGCAUUCAAAGAUAUGAUCACCGAAGGUGACGGAAGAACUGCUUACUGAUUUGGUGGGGGCAAAGGUCAUUUGCAUUUUAUGCUUUUGUAUGUAUGUGUUGUUUUAGCUUACUUAGCUCAGGCUUGUGAUAAAGUUUGUGGCGAGUUUGUUAGUUGUUUCUUUAAGUUAGAAACUAUGUUGGUGUUUUGCUAUGAGAAAGUUUGAUGUAUAGUUCUUGAAUCCAAACUUUUUCAACUGGUGGUAGAGGAAGGGGGAUGGUAUUUUUCUUUAAGGAUUUUUGAGCGGAGUAGGUACUUCAUGAAGUUGGUCUUCAUGGGUAAGAAUGUGGCACAAUGGCUAAUGAAGAGUAUAGAACAAAUUGUCGUUGGGAUCAGUCCAAAGUAUUUUUAUACGUUUAGGGAUGGUGAUUUAGCCUACACCCUCCAAUGGAGCUCCAAUUCUUUUGGCUUGUUCCUCCUGCUGACUGAAUUUAAAGUUGGCGGGUCUAGGAGGUCCAUUUUUAUUCCAAUAGGCAGAGCAAAGAAUGGAUGGAAGGUUUUUGGGUUAGAGUUAAGGAAGAUAUUGGAACCUGAAAACUAUGUGAAUGGUGGGACUGGGCAGUUGAAAUUUGUGGCUUAGCUUCAUAAGGAUAAAUUAGGGGUUCAACCUUUUAAAUCUUUUGGCAACAUGGUGCAUGGGCGUCACGUGCAGGUAAGGGGCAGAAAUCAGGCAAAUCGGUUAAGUGCCCAUGAUAAAGGGAACCUAUUGUUAGGGGAUAGUAAGGGGGAGAAGCAAAACCCAGUAAUUAAACAAAGAUUACUAAGUGAAACUGCAGGUCCGGCGACUCUAGGAGAUACAGAAGUGGGUUCUUAGCGUAGUACAAAGGACUUUAAUUUUGGAAAGAUAAAUCCGGUAGGAAAUAAUAGGAGAUCUCGGUUGAAUUUCUAAUCAAAUUGGAUUGUACAUGGUUAUGGAAAAAAACGUGAAUUGAGGAAGUGUGAUUGGACAGGAAAAAGAUUGACUGUAGAAGUGAAUGGGGAAGGAAAAAGGAGUGUGGCAUGGUAUAAAGGUGGUCUAAGUAGUUCUAUUUGGGUUUCAAGGGGUCAGAGGGAUCACGUGGUGGGUUCUUCUAGAGUUUCACGAGUUCACAAACCUGUCGUGGGCUUAGAACAAGAUUGUUCUCAAGUGGGCCUCCCUUUUCCAGAGUCCACUGCCCCAUUUAGGAUGGAAGUGGAUGUAAGCCCAUCCGUGGGUGACUCGAGCCUUUUAAAUUAGGAAGUCCACGCAUUGGUGAUGUCCAAAGGUUGCCACGAAGCCUCGGAUGCUCUGGACAUCUCAGGCGUUGAAGUAUUUCUCGUUGAGGAGUUACCGGCGCCACCGGAUAAGGCUGGCACAGCACGACAACCAGCUUUGAUGACAGCGGCGAGCUCGGCGACCCAAACCGAGAUGAACCAUUGUUCGGCGAAGGCAUCGAUGAUGGUAGGUGGUCCUUUUUCCAAUGGGUUUCACGCUGGGGCUUCAUCAGCGACACUGGAUAAGGCCGAUACAGCUCUUUUCCACACCACGAGGACAGAUUUGGUGUCUGUUCCUCCAACCGAGCUUCUAGGUUGCCUUGUGGAGACUUCGAUGGAGGCUGUGAGUCUUAUUUUUGGUGGGCUUUGCGUUGAUGAGCCUUCGUUCACACUGGGUAAGGCAGAAAUAGAGGGUGACAGGGCAUUAAUUGGUCUUGAGCUAUCCAAUUACGUUUUGUGUCCACCGAGAGUUGGGAUUGAGGAGUGGUGUUCCGGGUAGUGAGGGUGCAAGUGAUAUUUAGGGGAUAGACACCUCCCAUCAGGCUAACUAGUCGGUGUUGGCAUUGACUGAGGUCGAAAGAGCUUAUGCAGUUGAGGUCCUGGGUGAUGUGGAGAGUUCUUCCCCCUUGAUUUCUGUUAAUCCUCUGGGGGUGGUUGUGUCGUCUGAAUUGAAUAGUAACACUGAGGUGAGGAGAUUUGAUAACACAUUGAAGGUGUCUAAUUGGGUGAAACACAGACUUUCCGGUUUCAGUAAGAUGAUGGGGUUUUCUUUGGGUCGACAUGAAAAGAGGUGUAUUAUGCUAUUACAAAGACUUGAGACGGAGAUUGAGGCAGCCAAGCUGGUGCACAAGAAAGCUGGUGCACAGGAAAGAUGCUGCCCACCGAAAAGCUGUCUCCAAGGAUAAAGGGAAGAGGGCGUUGAGGAAUUUGAUUUCCUCGGUUAAUUAUGAUGGGAGAUAGUUUUCUUUUCUUUGACUGCUUAACUGAGGUUGUAGUAGGGAGUUUAUAGUUUCAAUGAAGUUAAGAAUAGUGUCAUGGAAUGUUCAAGGUUUGAAUGAUUCGCGGAAACAUUUGGUAGUUAGAAAUUCAUUGCGUGAAUGGAAUUGUGAUGUAGUAUGCCUUCAAGAAACUAAACUUGCAAGCAUGAAUAGACAGUUGAUUUGUAGCUUGUGGAGUUGUCCCUAUGUAGACUGGGUAGCCUUGGGUGCUGAUCAGAUAGCUGGUGGGGUUUUGAUGAUAUGGGAUAGGAGGGUUUUAGAAAAGUUGGAGGUAAUGGUGGGUCAAUUUUCCGUAUCAGUUCGGUGGAAGGAUUCAAGGGAUGGUUUUAUUUGGGCUUGUUUUGGGAUUUAUGGCUCGAAUGAUAAUAACUUGAGGGGGUAGUUGUGGGAUGAGCUGAUUGGAAUUCAGCAACUUUGGGAAGUUCCAUGGUGUUACAUAGGGGAUUUCAAUAUUGUUCGGUUCCCUAGUGAACGAUUGGGGGGGUCACGACUUACCCUGGCUAUAGAGAAUUUUUCUGAGUUCAUUGAGGAGCUUAACUUGAUAGAUUUGCCAUUGGAAGGAGGGAGUUAUACAUGGUCAAGUGAUUUGGAUCAACCUUCGAUGUCUAGGAUAGAUAGGGUCCUAGUUUCUCAUGAUUGGGAGGAUCACUAUCCGGAUGUGACCCAACAGGUUUUACUGCGUCCUAUUUCAGACCACUUCCCCAUAUUAGUGGAGGCGGGUUAGUCAGAGGGGUACAAAGAUAGGGUUCAUUCUUGGUGGGAUCGAUAUUCUUUCUCAGGUACCCCCAGUUUUGUACUUGACAAGAAGCUGAAGGCAUUGAAGAAAGAUAUUAUUCAGUGGAACUGGAGUGAGUUUGGAAAUAUAGAGCGUCAGAAAAAAGAAUUGCUGGAGGCUUUGAAAUUAUUGGAUGUUAAGGAAGGAGAGCAUGGCCUUUCUGAAGUGGAGUUAGGUGAGAGGGUUGUGUUGAGAUCUCAAAUAUAGAACCUUUUGUCAUUGGAAGAAGUCUCAUGGAGACAGAAAUUGAGGAUGCUUUGCAUCAAGGAAGGAGACAACAAUACGAAUUUUUUCCACGAAAUGGCCAAUUCUCGGAGAAGGCAUAACAUAUUAGUAUGUUGGAGGUGGAUGGGGUAAUCUAUGAGGAUGAAUCCGAGAUGGCCUACCAAGCUGUACAGUUUUAUAAAAAAUUGUACAAGGAGACAGAGGAGUGGAGGCCUUGUGUGGAAGGUUUGGAGUUCGAUCAGAUAGAGGGGUUGGAGAGGGAUUGGCUUGAACGGAGGUUUGAACAGGAGGAGGUUCUUCGAGUUGUCAAAGAGAUGGAAGGAGAUAAAGCACCAGGUCCUAGCGGUUUCUCUUUGGCUUUCUAUCACCAUUGUUGGGGAGUUGUGGAAAAAGAUGUCUUAGCCGUGUUUGAAGGGUUUUAUCAACAUAGUAGGUUUGAAAAAUCUCUUAAUGUAACUUUCAUAGCCUUAAUCCCUAAGAGGAAUGGUGCUUCCAAUAUUCGAGAUUUUAAACCUAUCAGUUUGGUGGGGAGUGUUUACAAGAUUUUGGCUAAGGUGUUGGCAAACCGCCUGAAAGAGGUUUUAGACCAGCUAAUAUCGGAGUCUUAGAACAGUUUUGUGGGUGGUGGACAGAUACUUGAUUCAGUUCUCAUUGCUAAUGAAUGUGUUGAUAGUAGAGUGAAGAGUAAGAUUCUGGGGGUUAUUUGUAAAUUAGAUAUUGAGAAAGCCUAUGAUCAUGUGAACUGGGAGGCUCUUUUUGAUUUGUUGAAGAGAAUGGGAUUUGGGGUGAGGUGGUGUAGGUGGAUCCGCACUUGUAUAUCUACAGCCCAAUUCUCUGUCUUGUUUAAUGGGUCUCCAGUUGAUUUUUUUGGGAGUUCGAGGGGAUUGAGAUAAGGGGACCCGCUAUCCCCCACGUUGUUUCUGGUUAUGAUGGAAGUCUUUAGUAAGAUGAUGAAAAGAGUUGAAGGGGUUGGUUUGUUUCGAGGCUUUAGGGUUGAUGGUAGACGGGGUGGAGGGGUAUGUGUCUCGCAUCUUUUGUUCGCGGAUGAUACGAUUUUGUUUUGCAAUGCUAAUGAGGAGCAGAUUCUAUAUGUUCAGAUGCUUCUUCUUUGUUUCUAGACAGUGACAGGUUUAGAGGUUAAUGUGCUGAAGAGUAAAAUAUCUUACCUCAAAUGAUUUCUUCUUUAUGAAUUUGGUGAUUUUUCCCCCUAUUAUUGUCCUUCAAUCAGAUGGCAAUAUUUGAUUUUUUCAAUAGGCGCACCAUUGCAGGUCAUCAUGGUGUUUCUUUAGGUGGUAUUGGUGCAGGAAGCAUUGGAAGAAGCUACAGAGGCCAGUUUCAACGCUUUCAACUGUUCCCUAGAAUAUGUGAAGAAAGCUCCAUUUUAGCAAAUCAAUUCUCUGUUUUUGUUUCACGCCCAAAUGGUGGAAAAUUCUCAAGUGUAUUAUGCAUUGAAAGCCCAAAGGUACCCAAAGAUGACACUGUUCUGGUAUUCAAACUUGGGAUUGGAAUUUGAAUGGCGAGAAGUGUGCAUACUAUGCUUUGUUUCCAAGGGCUUGGACAACCUAUGAGGGUGAACCUGAUCCAGAGCUUACAAUUGUUUCUUGCCAAAUUUCACCUUUUAUUCCCCACAAUUAUAAGGAGAGCAGUUUCCCAGUAUCAGUAUUUACUUAUAUGUUGUCUAAUAAAGGAAGGACUUCUGCAGAUGUCACCUUGGUCUUUACAUGGGCUGUAAGUUAAUAAUUUCCAGCUGCAUAUUCCAUUGACCCUUUUUUAGGUGCUUUCUUUUAGUAAUGAUAAUCUAGGAGCUGUUUUUCAUAGAAGUUGAAUGGGGAAAAGUUCUUCAAUAUUUUAAACAAAAGAAGGCUUAGUUAUUAAGCUGAUACAAUGACAUAUUUUUAUACUACAUUAGGCUUCACUCAGAGUUGAAUGCAUUCCUCAAGUUAAAAAUAAUUCUUAUCAAAAUAACAUAAUGUAUGAGAUUUUUUGGGAUAAUCACAAACUAUCAUAAUGAUUUGAGUACUACAUUUGAUAUCCCAGUCUGAAUUCAAGAAACUCCAAAACUAUGUAAUUUUCGUUUAUAAUUCCUCACUGCAUGGUUUCCAACCUAAUCAUGGGAUUCCUAGACUGUACUAGCAAUUUUGUGCCAUUUUUUAUGUGAAACAUGUUUAAAAUCUGGGCAAAUAUGCAAAAUUAAUCCCUAUAGAGUUAUCUUACAACAUUCCAUAGUCUAACUGUGAUGUGUGGAUUCCUCAUCCGGUUAUCAGAUUGGCAUGAUUUAUAAAAAUUUCUGAUAUCUGAACUUUCUGUGCCUGAAUUUUCAGAAUUCUGUAGGUGGGAACUCUGGAUUUUCUGGUCAUCACUUCAAAUCAAAGAUGGUUCACCUCAAUGUUUUCAUUAAGCUUCCCAUAGAUUUACGAAUUAAUACUUCCAAAGGAGGCAUGGAAAAGUUUACAAGUCAAGUUUUGUAGUCAGCCACCUAUAUCAGUUCUACUCGACCAGUUAAGUUCCCAUAUUAAUUUCAUUGUGCCGUGUCAUUCUGCAUGUUUUUCCAGUUGACAUGUAUUUCUUGGCAUAUUUUUUAAUAGGUGAUUCUAACAAUGAUAUAAUGUCCUAUGCUUCUUUUUUUGUUGCAUGGCUUAAGUGCAUUUACUAUUUACUUUUGUUCAAGACUGGACUUCCUAGAGCAAUUGAAAGAAUGGCCACAGCCCAUAUGUGGUCCUCAUUUUCAGCACUGAAAUUUGAUAGGAAGAAAAGCGUUUCCCUUCAGACAAAUUGAGUAUGGAUUUGAUCAUGAAUUUUUUCUAACUUAAUUAAUGUCCAAUUGUCCAUGUGAAUAUGUCAAGGUGGAAUGCUAUGUAGCUAUCUUACUGUUCUUUUUAUAGAUGCAAAGGUGUACUCAAUUCAAUUUAUACUUUGCACAACUUGGUGUUUGCUUGGUGGGAGAAAUGAGGUAGGGAGAUCUAGGAGAAAGUAUCAUCGAAAUUGUAUUAAUGACAGCACCCCCUCCCCCCACCACCCCAAGAUAACCAUGCCCUCCAUCCUGUUCCCACAACACUACCUUUGCAUCUUCGCACUUUCAAGUAUGAAAUCCUUUGAGUCCUUUCUUUCCUUUCUUUUCCUUUUUUUUUUCUUCAAUCUUUUGUUGAAUAAUCAAGGCUGGUUUCAACAACUCCCACAUAUUAGAUCAAACUUAAAGCAGUUCUGUUCUUGUUCUCUUUUUGGAAAGGGGUUCUUGUUGAGGCCAGUUCAUUGCAUACUCAUGACAUCUUGAUUUUUGGUAAGAUUCCAAUAGAAGUCUUUUCCCACAAUUCUUCUUGAUUUUCAUCAAUGAGAAGCAUGAGCAGAAUUAUGAAUGUUGCUUGUGUAAGGCUUAUGGUCAUGAAAGGUUUAAUAUAAUUCUGGAUUGAUGAUUCAAAGGGGAGCUGUGAGAAGAACAGAUCCAUGUAGCUGAUACUUCGGUGUAUGUAUUAGCAUCAAGAAUAUAAAUGUUGCAAGACAUUAUUGCAAACUGAUUUACUUAUAUAUGUUUCAAGUGUCACCCUUUAAUUUCUUAUAGAAGCAUGGAUUGCAAAUUUUUUUGAACUUUUAAGGCUAGAGGAGCAAUUGCAAUGGUGUAUGAGUGAGGAGUUGGCUAAACUUAUUCAUGUGCCAUUGCUGAACCAACUACUACCUUGGCUAAAAAGGCAUGGGAGUUGGGACUUCGCCUUGCUAAGUUCAGUAGGAAUUAAAGGCAUUUCCCUUCAUAUGGGCAUGCCUCAUUGUGCACUCAAAAGUUUACAGUGCCAUGCACUCCGAGUAUGUUUGAGAAAUGAAGAAAUUUGUUUGUAUGCAACAGUGCCUAUAGCCAACCAAAUUUGAACACUUGAAAUCUACCUUCCCCUCCUUUUCCUCUAUAAAAGGGGAGGAAGACUUGUAAUUGAACUAUAUGAAAUAUAAUAGUGAGAGAAUCGACUGGCUUGUGCCUGUAGUUUCUUCCCUCAAUUCAAUUAGAGUUUUCCAUGUAAAAAAAAAAGAGUGCCUUUGUACAUGUGCUUUCUAUGAGUGUUUCGUACAUUUCAUUGUCCCUUUUUUUCCAUUAACCCAAUACCUACGUAGGAUUACAAGUAAUGGGAAAUAUUCAAUGUAGGAUUGAAACUAAUAUGCUAGUAAAGUGGUAUAAGCUAAUCUCCUUCAA